AUGCAUCAUGUUAAAGGUGCUGGACCACUCCUAAACAGGACUAGCCAGGAGGCACUUUAUGCUACUGAUUGCUGUUGGCCUCCUGCAAACAGAGUGAACGUUCCUAAAACCUGCCGGACUUUCUGUAGGAAGUGUGGCAAGCAGCAACCCCACAAAGUAACACAAUACAAGAAGGGCAAAGAUUCUCUGUAUGCCCAGGGAAAGUGGCAUUAUGACUGGAAGCAGAGUGGUGGACAGACAAAGCCAAUUUUCCGGAAGAAGGCUCAAACUACAAAGAAGAUUGUGUUGAGGCUUGAAUGUGUUGAACCCAACUGCAGAUCUAAAAGAAAGUUGGCUAUCAAGAGGUGCAAGCAUUUUGAACUUGGAGGAGAUAAAAGGCCAGGUGAUCCAGUGCUAAGCUUCAUCAUGUUUUAUUAUUAA